AUGGCGCGGGCCCCAGCCCUGCGGCAACGGCUUGGGGAGCCGCGCGCCACUUCGCGCCUUCACCCCCCUUGCCGCCCCGGCGAAGGCCCGCCCUCCAGUCAGCCUCCCCAUUGGCUGCGCUUGCUGGUCCCCCGCCAGUGGCCGAGCUGGGACGGUUUUCAGAAGAAAGCAACCAACCUCCCAGACAUAAUACUGAACAAUGGGUUGAACAACAGAUACUGUGUGUUGGAAGUCAGCAUACUACAGAGAAAUGGAAGUGAUGCUGAGAAGCACUUGACAAUUACGGCAUCUCAGUUGCUGCAAGAUACAGAACUGUGCAUUCUUAGGAAUGGCUGGCAGUCUGUUCCAGUUGUUCCAGGAGACAUAAUUCACUUAGAAGGCGAGUGUAGCUCUGGUACCUGGGUCAUCGAUGAACAGUCUGGAUACCUGGUUCUUUACCCAGAUUUGCUGCUUUCUGGUACUACAAUAUCAAAUAGUAUUCGAUGUAUGAGAAGGGCAGUGCUGAGUGAAAGGUUUAGGGGCUCAGAGUCUGGUUCGCGCCAAACACUUGUUGGUACAAUUCUUCAUGAAAUUUUCCAGCAAUCAGUAACAAAUAACUUGGCACAAGAAAAAGUAGAAGAACUUGCAAAUAAAAUUGUGUAUGGACAGAAGUAUCUCAAAGAAAUGUAUCAUUUAAAUCUGAGACAAACGGAAAUAAUGAGGGAAGUGGAAGAGUAUUUGCCAUCAUUUUUUAAAUGGGCAGAAGACUUUAUGCACAAUCCAGCUAACCAAAAUAAAAUGCAACUAAAACUGUCCAAUGGUGAAAAAACAGAAGAUUUCUCUUGUAAGAUAGAGAUUGUAGAUAUCUUAGACAUUGAAGAGAAUAUAUGGUCUCCCAGGUUUGGAUUGAAGGGAAAGAUUGAUGUUACAGCCAGAGUGAAAAUCCAUCGCCAGCCUGGAGUACAGUCUAGGGUAGUGCCAUUAGAGCUCAAGUCUGGCAAGGAAUCUAAUUCCAUAGAGCACAGAAGUCAGGUUAUUCUGUAUACUUUGUUGAACUUGGAACGGCGAGUAGAUCCCGAAGCUGGAUUUCUUCUUUAUCUUAAAACUGGUACUAUGUACCCUGUUUCUGGAGGUCGCAUGGACCGAAGAGAAUUAAUGAAGUUAAGAAACCAUGUGGCCUUCUACUUAAUGCACAGUACACAUGAAUCUGCCAUGGGAAGACAAAAUUCACAGCUUGCUGCUUUGCCUCCUGUAGUAGAUGACAGUCAAGCCUGUAAAUAUUGCUCCCAAGUACACAACUGCUUUCUAUACAGCAGAGCUGUAGAACAGAAGAUGGCCAGUGUGUCUUUUCCUCCUGCUAUGGUACCCAUUAUUGAAAGAGAGACCCAGCACCUGAAACCCUCCCACUUAGAGUAUUUCAGCCUGUGGUACCUAAUGUUAACCUUGGAACUGCAAAGUGGAGAGGGUAAAAACGGAUAUAAAAAUAUAUGGAUGAUGCCAUCUUUGGAAAGAGAGAAGACUGGAGAUUGUGUUGGGAACAUGAUCAGAGUUGAAGAAGUACAGGAAAUUUCUGAGGGAAAGUACCUACAUAUCUUCCAACGUGGAAAUGGUGCCAUCCCUGGAACAAACCUAUUGGUUGGUGAUCGAGUGGUUGUGAGUGGAGAGGAAAAUGGUUUUCUUGGUUUGGCUACUGGCUAUGUUAACGAAGUCAGUGUGACAAAGGUCUCCUGUUUGUUGGACAGGAAUUUGUCAAAGCUCCCCAAGAACAUCAUAUUUAGGUUGGAUCAUGAAGAAGGCAAUUUUGGCAUAGGAGUCACUUUUGAAAACCUUUCUAAAUUGAUGAGAGAUUCCCCAGUCAGUGAAAGGCUCCGAAACUUGAUCAUUGACUUCCACAAACCGCGUUUUAUUCAGCAUUUGAGCUCUGUUCUUCCUCCAGAAGCAAAGGAAACUGUUGCAAAUAUUUUAAAAGGUCUAAAUAAGCCACAGAAACAGGCAAUGAAAAAAGUGCUCCUUUCAAAAGACUACACACUUAUUGUGGGUAUGCCUGGAACAGGAAAAACUACUACAAUAUGCGCUCUAGUGAGAAUUCUUUCUGCUUGUGGCUUCAGUGUUCUUCUGACUAGUUUUACACACACGGCUGUGGACAAUAUCCUGCUAAAGCUAGCCAAAUUCAAAGUGGGUUUCCUGCGCUUGGGGAGAGCUCAGAAGGUUCAUCCAGAUAUACGGAAAUUUACAGAAGAGGAAAUUUUCAGGUCCAAAUCAAUAAAAUCUGUAGCAGAUCUGGAAAAGGUCUACAACAGUCAGGCAGUGGUAGCAACAUCUUGCAUGGGAGUAAAUCAUCCUAUCUUUGUUCAGAGGCAGUUUGAUUUCUGUAUUGUUGAUGAAGCUUCCCAGAUAAGCCAGCUCAUCUGUCUGGGCCCACUGUUCUGCUCCAAGAGGUUUGUGCUGGUAGGGGAUCAUCAGCAGCUGCCUCCACUUGUACUGAAUGCAGAAGCAAAAGAUCUUGGCAUGAGUGAAAGCUUAUUUAAAAGGCUGGAACAAAACCAAAAUGCUGUUGUCCAAUUGACUGUGCAGUACAGAAUGAAUAGCAAAAUUAUGUCACUGAGUAACGUGUUAGUAUAUGAAGGCAAACUGGAAUGUGGCUCAGAGAAGGUGUCAAAUGCCACUGUUAACUUGCCUGACCUAAUAAAAUUGAAACUGGACCUUGCAGAUUCCUCAAAAACAUGGUUGAAAAAUGUACUUGAUCCAGGCACACCUGUGUGUUUUCUGAACACAGAGAAGGUUCCAGCACCAGAACAUGCAGAAAAAGGUGGUGUAAGUAACAUGACAGAAGCUAAACUAGUACUCUUCCUCACAUCCUUAUUUAUUAAGGCUGGCUGUAACCCUUCAGACAUUGGUAUUAUAUCACCGUACAGACAUCAAUUAAAAACAAUCACUGAUUUGAUGGCAAAACUGAAGGAGAAUAGAGUUGAAGUCAAUACAGUAGACAAAUAUCAAGGAAGAGACAAAAGUAUCAUAAUUGUAUCUUUUGUUAGAAAUGGCAAUGAAGAAAAUCUUGGCACGCUCCUGAAGGACUGGCGACGUCUUAAUGUUGCUAUCACGAGAGCAAAGCACAAACUAAUCAUGGUGGGCUGUGUUCCGUCCUUGUCCUACUAUCCACCUUUAGAGAAGCUACUCUGCCAUUUGCAGUCUGAGGCAAUGAUCUUCAAUCUUCCAGAAGGGGCUCAUGAAAGUCUCCAGAUGUGUAAUAUUCUAUGAUUGCGAAGAUGAAGAGUUUUACAAGCAUUUGUAUAUUUCCUUCUGGUGCUGCUUAAUUUAAAUGAUUGCUUAGUGGAAUAUGGGUGCUGAUGUGUAUUGUUUACUCUGAAUGAAGCAAAAUCAGCAAUAAGAGUCAGUUAUUUUAGAGUUUUCCUUUUGGAAAAAGAACAACACACAUUUCUAUGUUCAAGAUGGUUGGUUUGGUACCCGUGUACUUCAGACAAAUCAGAAAUAUGAAGUACUCUUCCUUCAGAUACUGGAUAGCUACUUUUUUUUUCACUUUUAUCUUGAUAAACAGUUACCUGCAUAAGGGAAUGACAAAACUCUUGAAGAGGGGGAACCAGUGCUGCAUUGUGUCAUAGUUUUCUGGGCUGAGUUUGGUUUUAAAGACUUUAAAAUGUAGUCUACAUACAGUAAUUCCAUUUAUUAGAAUUCCUAAGUAAGAUACUGUGUUGUUGUGCUAUUUGGUGG